UGUAUUAUGGCGCUAAUAUGCAGGCUACAUUCAAAUUGUCCCUGCCCUAUCUGUCUUGUUCCCUCAACCAAACUUUUUGAUCUCAGCACAGUGUAUCCUACUCGAACCAUCGAGGAUGCAAAAGCUUUCUUAGAGUUGUAUUCAAGGGACCGUGUUGCUGGAGAAGCAGUACUGAAGGCACACGGCUUACGUCCUGUUGCGAAUGCGCUCUGGGAAGUUGAGAACUCUAAUCCUCACGAGACGCUCUCGUUCGAUCCCUUACAUGUCAAUGAUAUCGGUAACUGGGGCACCCACUUUUUCGAGGAGCUCAAAAUAUGUCUGAAGGCUCUCGGUCGUGAAGCUGAGGCGAAGAUUGAUGAACAGUUCAACACAUUUCCGCGAUGGCGUAAUUUAAACCAUUUCAAGUCUGUCAUGAAGAUAUUGUUUAGUGAUGGCAACAAACUUAGGGAUAUCGCUAAGCAAAUGCUGUAUGCAGCACAAAACAUAUUGACACACAAUGAAGAUACUGUUGGCUAUGUGCUGUUGCAGUGUAUAGCCAGCUACCUACAACUGACCAUGUACAUAGCGCUUGAUGUGCACACCGAAGCCACACUUGCUGCUGGAGAAGUGGAGCUUCUAGUGUUCGAAACGCACCUACAUGCAUAUAUUGACAUACAGGGUGAAGAUUUAACCAAGAACUGGAAUUUUCCCAAGGUGCAUGCCCUGACGCAUGCUUUCCCUGACAUCCACGCAAAAGGAGCAGCACGCAACUUCAGUACUCAACCGAACAAGAAGCAACAUGGACCAUUGAAGCAAGCAUACUUGCGUCAAAUGAAUCGUAAAGAUGUUGCCAAUCAGGUCCUCAAGCUUGAUCAUAUCAGUGUAGUUUCUGAAUUGGUCCACAGUCGUAUUUCCCACCUUGAUGAAGAUCGGUGCAAACACACGAUGUCACAGGGAGAACUCAAAGACAAUGAUACACUAGAUGAUCAGCCAUUUUUGGGCCAUCUCCAUGUCGGCGCUCCUCAAAUUCCUGUCACUCUCGCUGCAGUGGAGGAAGGCAACACAUCAAACCGCACAUUUCAGGAUUUCCGAAAGAAGUUCAUGAAGUUCCUCAAUAAUUUCGUUGUUUCAAACAACAUUCCUUUGGAUGGUGUUACAUGGUUGCAGCCUACAGCUAACAAUAAACUUCAAGAAUAUCGCUACCUCAAAGUAAACUAUGAGUCUACUGUCGACUGGAGACUGACCACCGACUAUCUCCGAUGUAAUCCGAGCUUCCAUGGGUGUGAACAUUGUUAUUGCGCCUUGAUACAGACCCUAGACAAGGACGGGAAUGACAAGAAUAUCUUUGUCCAGAUAUUGUUCAUGUUCAAGUUUACGGUCAGCAAUCACACUUUUGAACUUGCAUUAGUCCUAUCCAUGGAUGCUCCCACUGGUUCAAGACAAAGUACAGAUCGCGAUCUGGGACUAACUCGUCUUUGGGCACGACCUCUAGCUUCAUUGGAAUUUAUUUCCUUACAAUCUAUCAUUCGCAGUGCUUUACUGGUGCCAGAUUAUGAUAACAAUGGUGAUUUUUUCCUUGUUGAUCUUGUCGACACAGAUAUGUUCCUCCGUGCGAAGAGUUUGAGGUCUAGGUAG